UCGUCAUAAGUGCAGACGGCGCUGGGUCCAGGUAGAAUACAAUAUUACCCUCCUAAUGAUCUUGUAAUGAUCUGUCGACCAGACUAGAGUCGAUUGAUGUGAAGAAGCUUUUGUAGGGGGGAUGGCAGUCGUAAAAGAGGACUGAUUACCGGAAUGAUCUACAUCGUUAGCGACCAAAUGAAUUGUUAUCAACAUUAGUUGUGCGAGAGACGUCCGCAGCGAUAGUGCUCAAUCGGAUCUGACCGCUUUAUGUUUUCGUUUGAUAAUAGCAAUCAUUCGAAUCGGAAUUAGAUUAUUUUUGAGAGGAACGAGCAGAUAAGUCAACAUGUGGCGGCUAUUCCUGUUAAUAUCGCUCUUCGCUUUUCCUACAUCUUCAAGAGCGGCACCUGCAGCAUCAGAGAAAACAUGUGGAUACCAGUCCUGUCAUCCGGUCAAAGAAGGAUUUAUCAAUGUUCACUUAGUGCCACAUACUCACGAUGACGUCGGCUGGCUUAAAACUCUCGACCAAUAUUAUUACGGAAGUCGAACUCAGACUCAAAAUGCUGGAGUACAAUAUAUCAUUGAGUCUGUUAUAGAUGCCUUAGCUAAAGAUCCAAACAGAAGGUUUAUAUACGUGGAAACAGCUUUCUUCUGGAAAUGGUGGAUAAAACAGCACGAUACAGUCAAAGCUCAGGUCAGAAGGUUUGUGAAUAGUGGACGCUUAGAAUUUAUCAGUGGAGGAUGGAGCAUGAAUGACGAAGCGGCCACUCAUUAUCAGUCAAUCAUUGACCAAAUGGCAUGGGGUCUCAGAAAACUGAACGACUCUUUUGGUGAGUGUGGCCGGCCGAAAAUGGGUUGGCAGAUCGAUCCAUUCGGACACAGCAGAGAAAUGGCCUCGAUAUUCGCCCAAUUGGGCUUUGACGGAGUACUUUUAGGCAGAAUAGAUUACCAGGAUAAGCACUUCAGGCUAGCGUCGAAAACCCCUGAGAUGGUUUGGAAGUCUAGUCAAAGCUUAGGUGAAUCUAGCAACAUUUUCACGGGGGUGCUGUACAACAUAUACAUUGCGCCUUCUGGAUUCUGUUUCGAUAUUCUUUGCAGUGACGACCCAAUCAUAGACGAUAAAGACAGCUACGACUACAAUGUUGACAAAAGGAUAGACGAGUUCUUCGGUUACUUGAACAACCAUUCAAAAACCUAUUCAACCAGCAACAUCCUGGUACCGAUGGGAGGAGACUUCAACUAUCAACACGCAGAAAUUUGGUUCAAAAACAUGGACAAGCUCAUUAGUUAUGCAAAUCUAAGGCAGAAAACUGGUUCCAAAUACAACCUGAUCUAUUCGACACCAUCCUGUUACGUGAAAGCUAUCCACGAAGAAUCGACUAAAACAAAUAAAAAAUGGCUGGUGAAGACCGACGAUUUCUUUCCGUAUGCUUCUGAUCCGCACGCGUACUGGACCGGGUACUUUACGUCUAGGCCGACGCUGAAACGAUUUGAGAGAGAAGGAAACAACUAUCUACAGGUUUGCAAGCAACUGUACGCGUUAGCCGACUUGGGCCCAGAAGACCGAGUUGACUUGAACGUGAUGCGAGAAGCUAUGGGUGUGAUGCAACAUCACGAUGCAGUCAGCGGGACCGAGAAGGAACACGUAGCCCACGACUACGCGAGAUUGUUGUCCAGAGGGUUCGACGAGUGUCAUAUCAUCACCAAUGCAGCCUUGAGCCAAAUUGUGACACAAAAGACAAACCGCGCAGACAAGAUUCCUCCUCAACCGGCCAGAAUAGAAUUCAAUACGUGUCCUCUACUGAAUGUCAGUCAGUGCGAAUUGACUGAAUCAAAAGAUCCAUUCGUCGUGACCGUUUACAACCCCUUGAGUAGACCGGUCACAAAGUUUGUCAGGUUGCCAGUUACGGGAACUUCUUACAGCGUCAAAGGACCUGACGGCGAACAGCUCCAAACCCAGCUGAUACCGAUAGCAACGGCAAUACUUACGAUUCCCGGUCGAGACAGCAAGGCAACUGCCGAGUUGAUAUUCAGAGCAAAGGACUUGCCACCUUUAGGAUUCAAAUCUUACUAUGUGGAAAGAGUCGCAGGAAAUACAGUGUCACAACAUCAGAUGGAACGAGAUAGCAAAGGGGAUACCCAAUUUGAGAUCGAUAGAAGUACCGGACUAAUCAGUCAUAUCUACAUGAAUGGUCGUGACAUUCCUUUGGACCAAAACUUCUUAUACUACGAAGGAUACGUCGGAAACAACGAAAUUUUCCCUAACAGGUCUUCCGGGGCUUACAUUUUCCGACCGACUGGUGCAGCGCAAGUAGCGUCUGAUUCCGCGAAGGUCACGAUCUUCAAAGGCUCGUUGGUGAACGAAGUGCAUCAAGUUUUCAACGACUGGAUCAGCCAGAUCGUGAGAGUGUAUGCCGAUGAGAGUUAUAUAGAGUUCGAUUGGCUUGUCGGACCAAUACCUAUUAUUCCUGGGCAGAACGGCAAAGAAGUGAUCACCAGAUUCACAACUCCGCUGAAGACUAGCUCGCAGUUCUAUACGGACUCUAACGGCAGAGAGAUGCUGAAACGAGUCCGAAACACCAGACCGACUUGGAAACUCCAGCUCGAGGAACCCGUCGCUGGAAACUAUUAUCCGGUAACGUCCAAGAUCGUCAUCACAGACGGAGAUUUGGAGCUAGCGGUGCUCACGGAUAGAGCGCAGGGAGGAACCAGCUUGGAGGAUGGAGAAGUCGAACUUAUGGUUCACAGAGCGUGCAUGCAUGAUGAUGCCUUUGGUGUUGGCGAAGCUCUGUUGGAAGAGGCCUUCAACAGGGGGUUGGUGGCUAGAGGAUCUCAUUACGUAGUAUUAGGAAGCAGAAAUACCAGCAACCCAGACGGGAGAACGGUCGCUGCUCAAGAACGUGACCUAGCGCAGCAGAAGCUUCUUUCUGCCUGGACAUUCAUUUCCAAAACGCAAGGUUUAACCUUCAAAGAGUACAACGCUAAAUACAGAAUGGAGUUCUCCGGUUUGAAGAAAAGUCUUCCCGAUAACGUGCAAAUAUUGACUUUGGAGCCGUGGUUUGGAUACACAUUCCUGCUCAGACUGGAACAUGUGCUGGAGAGUAAGGAAGAUCCAAACUUAUCUGAGCCAGUCACAGUGAAUCUAAACGAUAUCUUUACUCCAUUCCAAAUAACUACCAUCAAAGAGACGACUCUGGGCGGGAAUCAAUGGCUAUCUGAUAACCACAGAUUGCACUUCGAGACUGCUGGAAAACUAGAAGAUCUUCUUCGCGAAGAAGGAGCAUUCGAUGACACCAAAUCAACGGAAGAAAGCACCCACACCAAGAGAGCAACGAUCAUAGACGCGUCGGAAGACGUCGAUAAUCUGAAGAUCAAACUCACUCCCAUGCAGAUCAGAACUUUCAUUAUUGAAAUCAAAGUUAAUUCUGCAUCGUAAUUGUGUUAUUUGAUGUACGAACCGUGUGAUUAGUUGCCUAAAUACAUUUUAUUGGUUAAGAAAAUUGGUGUGUUAUAAUUAUCGUGUAUUG